GAUCAUGUCCAAAAACUAUAAUCAAGAAGAAACGACUGUCUUCUUUCUAUAUGGUCUGGCUAGGGGAGACUACUUUAAAACUAGCUAUUAAACCUGCCUGACUUGUAGUAUACUGCUAAACUAUGUCCUCGCGAAUCGAGCUCCUCAAUGCUGGUCUUCUCCGCAGCGACGGUCGCAGGCCUUAUGAGCUACGCACACUAUCCAUCAACUUUGGAGCACAAGGCACCGCAGAUGGCAGCGUCACCUAUUCACAUGGCCUCACCGAGGUUCGCGUCGCAGUUCUUGGCCCACACGAACCAAAAGCAGGCAGCAGACGCGAAACACUACAUGACCGUGCAACACUAAACGUCGAAGUCCAGCUCGCGCCUUUUGGCGUUGGCGAGCGGCGGAGAAGAGGGAGGGGUGAUAAACGCCUUCUUGAACUUGCUGCGACUAUUAAAAGCACAUUCGAGCCCGUUGUGCAAACGCAUCUAUACCCCCGCACCACGAUCGACAUUUUCAUCCACGUCCUGCAACUCGACGGGGGGCUCCUCCCCGCAUGUAUAAACGGCUCCACGCUCGCCCUUGCAACCGCAGGCAUCCCCCUCUUCGAUUUCGUUUGUGCCAUUGCCGGAGGCGUACACGGCACCCAACCCCUCCUUGAUCUCACGACAGUAGAGGAAAAUGACGUGCCUAGCGUGGUGGUGGGCGUGAUGCCUCGCACGGGAAGGGUGACGCUCGUGCAGAUGGAGACGAGGUUGCAUAUGGAGAGGUUUGAGGAGGUGUUUAGGGUUGCGUGUGAUGCUGGGAAGGUGCUUUGGAGUGAGAUGAGGGAUGCGUUGAGGGAACGGACUGGGGAUUUGGUGGAUGCGCUUGAGGCGGGCCCGGGGAUGAGUGUGGUGAAGGAGACUGAGGAGACGUAGGAGUUGUCGUGCAAAACCAUGUUAUGUUCCCGUUGUGUAGGUAAGGAUACCUGAUCAUACCCAGCAUCUCAUCGUGUCGAUUAUGUACGCGAAACUGUUACUGCGAUUUCAGACUCCUGAAUAAGUACGAAAUGAAGUCUCCUAAUACGGUAGCACA